AUGCAGGGGGUAUCAGUGGCAAAGGAAGCCGAACCCGUUGAUAGCAGCGCGACUAUCGCAGUGUCUGCACCAUCGGAGACUGUCCGAAACCGAAAAUGUGAGCAAGACGAAGACAGGCCGACUGUGCAGCAAAAGGCAAAGAAGCGGAAAAUAAAGACCGGAUCAAAACGUGCCUCGUCAAAGAAGGCGAAGCCCGUGAAGAAGGAGACGACCGUCCAACACGGUGUACAGGAAGGGGAGUUGCUGGAGGAGUCGACGACUGUGGGACUUAAGGGAACCGCCAAGAUCAACCCCCACAGGGCCAAGAUCCUGGUUGGCAAGCAAGCCCUGGCUGCCAUUAAGGAGGGAACAAGAAUAUUUAUCAAGAGCGGAGAAGGCAACGGCGGAGACACAUGGUGGGACAGCGGAAUCGUCCAGAAGAUCCACGAGCGUGGCAAACCGUACGAGGUCGAGUGGCAAAAGAUGAACAACAGGGGCGAGGAGGUCGACACUGACGUUGAGAGGCGUAUCAUUCUGCCGGUAACGUACAGCCUCGCCGGAGUGGCGGCCGAGGCGAUCAAGGGAGUCGAGUUGGGGACCGAAGCGGCCGCCUCCGUGAUGCAGAACGUCCUCGCUAAGGCUCGGCUCGGGUCCUGGUGCAUUAGCCACCCCGAGGAACCGUGGGGUAUGCUUGAUCCCUUCGGGGAGGACUCUACCCCGAACCCCGUUUCAGAGGUCACAAGGCCACCCGUCGAAUUGAGUGAAACGUCCUCCUAAGAUAACAGACCAAACCUGGUUUUCGUGGGUUGAAUACGAUCUACGGAGUGUUGCGGUUCUACCAUGUUCGGUGAGGGUAGCUGGGUUCGGUUGAGGAAACCUUCACGCGCUGGGAUCCCUCACUCGCAAAACCAUGGUUUCAUAGCGAACGGGAUUGCAUUGGUACGGGAGGUUGAUGCGAUGUUUUUUUUUCGAUGAAAUGUUCCAUCCGGUGAAAAGUCCUUCGUACUACUACCGCAGGGCUCUCUCGGCGUGCUAGAUGUUUCCGGGUUAGGCCAUUGGAGUUCCCCGGUCCUCUCCUCCUCUAGAACACGCCCCAGAGGGUGUACAGCGAUUGGCAUUUUGGAAAGAGAGCGAGGGCAUGUUACGUUC